ACCCUCUCCAGCGCGUCGCCGAUCUCAGCUUCAGAUCAAUCAGCGUCGUGUCCCCGAUCCAACCACGAGAGUCGACAGCGCCCCCGAUCCCCUCUUCCUCUUCCUCAGAUUCGUGUGAAAGCCGAUCAAUUCGGCGCGAUGGCGGGGCAGAACCAACGCCUCAACGUGGUGCCGACGGUCACGAUGCUCGGGGUGAUGAAGGCGCGGCUCGUCGGUGCCACCCGCGGCCACGCGCUCCUCAAGAAGAAGUCCGACGCGCUCACCGUCCAGUUCCGCGCCAUCCUCAAGAAGAUCGUCGCCGCCAAGGAGUCCAUGGGCGAGACCAUGCGCGCCUCCUCCUUCUCCCUCGCAGAGGCCAGGUACGUCGCCGGCGACGGCGUUCGCCAUGUCAUCCUCCAGUCCGUCCGCGCCGCAUCCGUCCGCGUCCGCUCCCACCAGGAGAACGUCGCGGGGGUCAAGCUCCCCAAGUUCACACACUUCGUCGACCCCGCCGCCGCCUCCGGGGGGCCGUCCAACGCGUCGCCGAGCCUCACCGGUCUCGCACGCGGGGGGCAGCAGGUCGCCGCAUGCCGCGCCGCGCACGUCAAGGCCAUCGAGGUGCUCGUCGAGUUGGCCUCGCUUCAGACCUCCUUCCUCACACUCGACGAGGCCAUCAAGACCACCAACCGCCGCGUCAACGCGCUCGAGAACGUCGUCAAGCCCAGGAUCGAGAACACCAUCACCUACAUCAAGGGGGAGCUCGACGAGCUCGAGCGCGAGGAUUUCUUCAGGCUCAAGAAGAUCCAGGGCUACAAGAAGAGGGAGAUCGAGCGGCAGAUGGCCGCCGCCAAGAUAUUCGCGGAGGAGCAGCUCGCCGAGGAGGUCGCGCUCAAGAGGGGCAUCUCGGUGGGGGCUGCAACUAAUCUGCUGGUUGCUGGUGGCGAGAAGGACGAUGACAUAAUCUUCUGAUCAUCUUUUAAUCGUCCAAUCAUUUAAUCGUGGUGGAAACAAUAAGUUGAUGCUGGAGCUCCAGAAUUGUAUCUCUGUAGAGUGACGGAGGUUUUGUUUCAGUGAGUAAUCUGGAGUCUGGUCAUCCAAGGCCCCGAAUAAUCUGUACUUGGAAACCAAACAUUGCCAGGAACUUUAGCACGGAGUGAUAUGUGCAGCUGCAUUAGUAAAUUCAAUUGGACCGUGUUCCGCGUCAUGUUCGUUUUAGUUGUAUUUAUUAAAGAAAAGGUGUGUGCGGAUUGCUGCGCUACACCUACACUAUGAAGUUGCAGACUUGAUAUAUUUGCUUAUGGAUGUGUGUAUAUUAUACGGUUCGUUGUUUCGUUUCUCUUA